AUGGCCAAUAACACGUCUCAUUAUUGUCUCUCUCAUUGGAGCCCUACAGAUUUAAAAGGCUUGGCUGUAUACACCUUAAACCUUGCCCAUACAAAUGCUCGCAAAUCUUUGACCCUAGCCAACUCACUAGCAAAAACCACCCCCAAUCCUCAACUUAAGCAACGAUAUUCGUCUUGUGCUGAGAGCUAUGAUGAAGUUGUUGGUAAUAUUGAAAAUGCCCAAAAGGACUUGACACUUGGUGACUUUAACGUUGUCAAUAUUGUAACUUCUACUGCCAUGACAGACAUUGACGACUGUCAAGAUAAGUUCGUGCAACCACCAAAGGAUACGUCGUUGCUUUUGAAGAAUGCCAAGACUCUAAAUGAUAUAUGCAACAUUAUUUUGGUUAUAUCCAAUCUUCUUUGA